GUGUGUGAGUAAGAAAUUUGCAAACAGAGCAAGGAGCCGUGCAUCACAGAGCAAGCGGCACACCAGCCUCGGGACUGCAUUAACGCCGCUGGAUCCCCAAAGGACCAGAUACAAUACGUCACCGAGGGAGCGGAACCCUGCUCAGGCUGCAGCAUGUUUUCCUCAGUGAAGGCCUAUGAGAACCAGCACUACUCGUCUCUGAAGAAACAGUGCUUGCAGAACAGGACGCUGUUCGAGGACCCCCUCUUCCCCACCGUCGACGAGUCCCUCUUCUACCACGGUAACAGAAUUGGCAGGGUGCACUGGAAGAGGCCUAAGGAGCUGUGUGAUGACCCCCACCUCUUUGUGGAUGGGAUCAGUGCCCAUGAUCUGCACCAGGGACAGCUGGGGAACUGCUGGUUUGUGGCUGCCUGCUCCAGUCUGGCCUCCAGGGAGUCUCUGUGGCAAAAAGUCAUCCCAGACUGGAAGGAGCAGGAGUGGAACUCGGAGAAGCCAGACUCCUACGCCGGCAUCUUCCACUUCCGCUUCUGGCGCUUCGGGGAGUGGGUGGACGUCGUCAUCGACGACCGGCUUCCCACCGUCAACAAUCAGCUGGUGUACUGCCACUCCAAUGAUAAAAAUGAGUUCUGGAGCGCCCUGGUGGAGAAGGCCUAUGCCAAGAUAUAUGGUUGCUAUGAGGCCCUGGACGGGGGGAACACGGCCGACGCCCUGGUGGACUUCACAGGGGGUGUGUCGGAGCCCAUGGACCUGCUGGAGGGCCAGUUCUCCCAGGACGAGGCGGCACGCAACCAGCUGUUCGAGAGGGUCCUAAAGGUCCACAACCGAGACGGGCUCAUCAGCUGCUCCAUCAGGGCAACCACCUCAGCAGACAUGGAGGCGCGGCUGGACUGCGGCCUGGUGAAAGGCCAUGCCUACGCCGUCACCGACGUCAGGAAGGUGCGACUGGGACACGGUCUCCUGGCCUACUUCAAGUCUGAGAAGCUCACCAUGAUCCGCAUGAGGAAUCCCUGGGGGGAGAAGGAGUGGAACGGACCCUGGAGCGACAGCUCUGAGGAGUGGCAGAAAGUGAGCAAGAGCGAGAGGGAGAAGCUUGGCGUCACAGUGCAGGAUGACGGGGAGUUCUGGAUGACAUUUGAGGACUUCUGCCGCUACUUCACGGACCUGAUCCUGUGCCGGCUAAUCAACACCUCUUACCUGAGCAUCCACAAGACCUGGGAGGAGGCGGUGAUGAGAGGAUCCUGGGCGUAUCAGGAAGACCCACUGAGGAACCGCGCUGGGGGCUGUAUCAACCACAAGGCCACCUUCCUGCAGAACCCCCAAUAUGUGUUUGAUGUGAAAAAGGCAGAGGAUGAGGUUCUGAUCUGCCUGCAGCAGAAGGACCGGCGAGCCAGGCCCAAAGAGGGGAAGGGUGAAAACCUGGCCAUUGGAUUUGACAUCCACCGGGUGGAGCUGAAUAGGAAGUACCGCAUGCACACGACCCAGCAGAAGGUGGGGGGCUCCAUCUACAUCAACUCCCGCUGUGUGUUUGUGAGGAAGGAGCUGAAGGAGGGGCGCUAUGUCAUCAUCCCCACGACCUUUGACCCCGGCCUGCAGGGAGACUUCCUGCUGCGGGUGUUUACUGACGUGCCUUCUGACUGCAAAGCAUUGACCUUGGAUGAGCCACCCCAGACCUGCUGGACCGGGAUGUGUGGCUACCCUGUCCUAGUGACACAAGUGCAUGUGCUGGGGGCAGUGGGGCUGCAGGGCCAGGACUCCAAUGGAGCCUCGGACCCUUACGUCAUAGUGAGCUGCGAGGGGGAAAAGGUGCGGUCUCCGGUCCACAAAGACACGUGCAGCCCAGACUUCGACAUCAAAGCCCUCUUUUACAGGAAGAACUCCAAAGAAGGCAUCCACAUUAAGAUCUACAAUAAGAACGUGAUCAGUGACUCCUUCCUGGGCCAGGUGACCCUGUCUAGUGACCCCGGUGACCUUCAGCAGCAGCACACCGUCCACCUGCGGGACAAGGGCAACCGUCAGAGCAACGACUUGCCAGGGACGCUAACCGUCCGGCUCAUUACCUGCAGCACGCUGACAGACAUCUGAGCUCCACCCACACGUCACGCCCGUCAAAGCCUUAGCCCCUCCCUAAAGGUCGCUUUGCCUCUGACAGAACAUAUAUAUGUGCAAUUGUAUAUAUUCUCUCUGUGUAUUCUCUGCAUAUACAUCCAAUGGUGUUUACAAGGGCUAAGUGUCGAGGAGGCAUCUGUGUUAUGUUUUUGACUUGCUGAGGGGCGUGACUUUUACAGGUAACCCUCUCCCCUCACACCCUCCUCCAUGUUUAAGCACCCCAUUCUGGCAUUAGAUGGGACAAUCCUCCCUCACCCCCUCAUAACCUCCAAAAGGCCAGCUCACUGCCCUUCUGAUAAUGAAAAACUGAAGCCAAUAUCCUACACUUCAUCCACGAAGAGUCUUUAAGAGGACUGUCCUCUCUGAUCUCUCUCACUUUGAACUGGUCAGUAUGUGCAGAGGAGAUUGAACUAGUGGACACUAAUUUAAUAGACCCUAUAGUUAUACAUCAUUUAGACUUGUAGCUUAUGCUUUGUCCUGUCUGUCAUUUUAAAGUAUUUAUGGGACCAAAGACAGCUGUGCCAUGUUGGUUGAGUAUGCCACAAGCAUUGGGCUGUGAGACACGGCACCGGGCUGCUAAUUGUGAUGGGCACAGAAGAAAGUGGAUGUAUGGGCAUUGGGUACACCCCAGGUGAGCAUGACAGACCCUGCCCAGACAGGACAGGAGUGUCAGUUAUGAAGAACGCGGUGUGUGGAGGGUAUGUAUGGAGGCACACAGACCUCUGAGAUUUACCAGUCUUUGUUAGCUGGCAUUAGCCCUUGCCCAACCAGAGGUGCCACAGCCCAGAUCACAUGACCAGGAUUCAUUGCCACUGCCGUGACUUCUGUGCCAAGCAUUAUAAAUGAAAGUGAUGUCACCAACAGCAGAAUUGCAAAGUAGGUAGGAAAUAAUUCACAAUUCCUUUUUAAAAUGUACCACUCUGCGGUGGUAUUUCCAGAUAAGGACAGUACUGAAAGUGCUAUUUUGCCUGGACUGAACCUGCUGGCAUCCAAGUUGAUUUAUUGUUUACUUCUUUCCUUUCUUUUAAAGGACAAUUGCGUCACCCGAGCCGGUAUAUCAAUCCCACUGAGAGUACUUCUGCAAAGUAGUGUGUGAAAAAAGAUGAAAGCGUCUUGCCAUCACUGUGAAGUAUUUCAUUCCCCACUCCCAGUCUACUUGAUUUUUAAACAUGCCAUAAGCUUUGUCUCUAUGUAUAGUUCUUGACUUUUGAAAUGUUGCUUGUUUAACUAUGACUGCACUGGUAUUGGUUUGGUAGAUUCUUUAAGUGUGGUGCAUGGGCCAGAAUUAUAGAAAUGCAUCCCUGGGGCCAGGUGGAUUAGCAGGUCUCAGGUGUUGUAUAUCCAGCAGUAACAAUGGGAGCCCAUUCAGAUCUAAGGAGAAGGAGCUCUGGCCAUCAUCAGCCAGGGUUUCAUUGCUGCUUUUAACUAACAAGGAAUUACUAAAUCCUGUGCUAGAAUAGCGCAUUCACUCGCUCACUGUGUCACAGGUGUGGGCCGUUCACGAAAUUAAACAGAUGAUGAAGACGUAUUUUGAGAGUGCUCCAAAUGCCAAUGUUGACUGGGAUAAAAGAAAUUGUGAAAUGUUGUGUCAUCAUGUUCAAACAGAUUUUUGUCAAUUUAUCCUUUAGCUGUAAUUCAUUUUUACUAUUUGUAUUAUUGUAUAUACAGUUUCUGACUUCAAAGGUAAACUCACACUCAGUCAUUACCAAAGUAAUAUCAGUGCAAUAUUUUUCGUUUAUGAGAACAUGGGCAGGAGUUCCCACCCAUUCACCUAAGAAGUUCUUUUGUUUUGGGGGCUGUUUACAAAUGAUGUUAAUCAUUCCUUUUCUUGCAAUUGAUUCUAAGCUUUGCAAAGUGCUCUGUGACAAUCUCAUAGUGAAGGAUGAUAGGCUAAAUAUUCUUAGACUGAUUAUGUCUUCUUCCUUAUAUCAAAAGGUACACAAUCAACCACCAAGUUAAAAGUUGAAUGUGUUUAUGUUUUAUAAGUCAUUGAGUUUAUUCUUGUUUUCAGGAAAACAGCAGUCAAAACCUGUGUAAUGUAAUUGAGCUAGGUCUGAAUCCAUAUUUCUUUAUUGCUUUUGAGCAUCAUGGAGUGGGUUUUACAAACUCAGAUGUCUAAGAAGAAGGCAUAGUAAACAAUUUUCAUUUACUAUAAUUCAGUCGCUUUCAUAUACUGUUUGACAUUAGGAAGGCUACUAAUGCCGUUUGUAUUGCACGUAGCUUCUACAAUGUCCCACACACAGAAAGUGGUGUGACAUCAUCAGUAAAUAUCAAUAGUUUCCAGACAUCAUAUAUUGCAUGUCAUAUUGAUUAUGGCUGGGAACUCACCUAAAGACACCAGUCAUCUGUAAUGUUAUCAUACAUUCUGAGACAUCAUCAUAUCCACUCAGAACAUACAGUAUAGAGUAUACAACUGAAAUGGAAUGUGCUCUUGGCAAGUUAACAGUAAAUUUAAUGUCAUUUGUGAAUAUGCUCAUAUGAAAUCCAUUAAACGAAGACAGACUGCUAUCUCUCUCUCUCUCUCUCUCUCUCUCUCUCUCUCUCUCUCUCUCUCUCUCUCUCUCUCUCUCUCUCUCUCUCUCUCUUUCUCUCUCUCUCAUAGAUUUCUCCUGGUAGUUUACCUGAAACUUUCAAAGGUAUUGCAUGAUCGCAGUCAAUGGAACAUACCUAAGGCCUUUUUACUGGGAAUUUUUUAUCAAUAUUUUGUAUUUUUCUGUUGAAUCUUUUGUAUCUCUCUGUUAGAUCUUGGGUUUGAAGGAAAUAUGUUUACUCUGAAUAAACUGAUCUGAAAG